ACAUUAACAAAAGCCAGAAAAGAAGCAAUGAAACAGAACCUAAUAAACCUACGCCUAAAAAUUGGAAAUAACCCAUAGUUUUAAAUUAAAAAAAUAAACAGAAUUUGUUCAAAAAAGAAGAAGAAAUAAACAGAAAAUCUACUCAUAUCUGAGUCAGCCAGCUGAUUGCCAUUAUUAUACAUCGUUUCUUGUAACCGUCAAGUUAUUCUAUUGGGCACUGCCUCUGUGUGGUGGUUCUUAAUUUUACAAUAGAAUUUAUACAGAACAAAAUGAUCCCUUCUUUGGUUUAUAUUCUUUCUUUUGUUUUUACAUACAUUCUCACUUCGUCUUCUUGCUUUGAUUCAACGGUCCACUACUUCGCACCAUGGCUGAUAAUCAAGAAUCUAUUGUCAACAAGGAGGAAAAUUUAAUGGAUGAAUCACCAUUUCUUAAACUGAAGCGGUUUCAGUGGUGGCUUUUGGUGGCAAUCAACAUAUUCUUCCUCAUUGCUGGCCAAGCUGCAGCAGUUCUUCUGGGGAGAUUUUAUUAUGAUAAAGGUGGAAACAGUCAAUGGAUGGCCACUCUUGUGCAAACUGCUGGCUUCCCAGUCCUUUGUAUCCCUUGGUUUCUUCUUCGCCCUUCUCGGGAGGCUUCGACUUUUUCCACUUCACCUUCCAUCAAAACCCUUGCUCUGCUAUAUUUUGUUCUUGGUGUACUUGUUGCUGGUGACAAUAUGCUGUAUUCUGUAGGGCUUUUGUACCUCUCAGCCUCUACUUAUUCGCUUAUUUGCGCAACUCAAUUAGCUUUCAAUGCAGUUUUUUCCUACUUCCUUAACUCACAGAAGUUCACUGCUUUGAUUCUCAACUCAGUGGUCACCCUGUCAUUGUCUGCUGCCUUAAUUGCAGUGAAUGAUAAUUCAGAUGGGCCAUCAGGAGUUCCCAAGGAAAUGCAAAUCUAUACAUCAGUCGUUGCAAGCUGCCUAUCGACUAUCGGCCUCUUUGCAAGUGGUGAAUGGAAGAGUUUGCAGCACGAGAUGGAGCACUCUGUCUUUGGCUGUUACCCCACUAGCUGGGGUUAGCCAAGAAAGCCUUAGCGCGCAAAGGCAUAGAGCUCAAACACAGGCUUAGUAAGAAAUUCAAAGGACUGAAACUUUCUUUCUUCGAUCGGAAUACGGAUAAGAUCAGAAAGGCCAUCAUUGGGGCAAACGAUGCAAUAGCUUCUGUGUGAAGGUAAUCGCCAUGCUUUUGGCUCUUUGUGGUUUUGCUGCUUAUAUUUAUCAAAAUUAUAUUGAUGAUAAGAAGGCAAGGAGGUUGUAGAACCAUGUCCGGGAAAUCCAGCAUACUGCUUGAUAUGUUUCGUACCAAUGUAGACAUACUCAUUAUUUACUGUGAAAUUAUGUCUGUUUUUUGUUCAACUGGGAGACCAAACAUUAGUUUAUAGCUUAUUACAUUGCAAUAAGAUCUCUAAAGAUAUAUAAAGCAAGUUAUUUAUAAGCAAA